CAGGAGGGCUUGGAGAUUCCCAGUGAUCAGUCUGUCCAGCAGCAUCAAACAAAACUGCACUCCAUAUUUAUGCUGCUGGAGGAGGACAUCAUCACUUUUUCAAAGACUGAGCUGAAGAGGAUCCGAAGGGUUCUGAGUCCAGAUUACCCAUUAGACCUGUGUGAGGAUGAGGAGGUGUUAGACAGUAAAGAUGAAGAGCAGAGGAGAAGCAGCAGAGAGGCAUUUCUGAUGAUCACACAGCACUUCCUGAAGAGAAUGAUGCAAGAGGAGCUGGCAGACUGUCUGCAGAGCAGAACUCAUAGUGCAGUGUGCCAACGUAAUCUUAAAUCUAACCUGAAGGAGAAGUUUCAGUGUGUGUUUGAGGGAAUUGCUAAAGCAGGAAACCCAACCCUUCUGAAUCAGAUCUACACAGAGCUCUACAUCAUAGAGGGAGGGAGUGGAGAGGUCAACAAUGAACAUGAGAUCAGACAGAUUGAAACAGCACUGAAGAAAAAAGACAGACCAGAAACAACAAUCAGAUGUGAAAACAUCUUUAAAAUCUCACCUGGAAGAGAUGAACCAAUCAGAACAGUGAUGACAAAGGGAGUGGCUGGCAUUGGGAAAACAGUCUUAACACAGAAAUUCACUCUAGACUGGGCUGAAGACAAAGCCAACCAGGACAUAAAGUUCAUGUUUCCAUUCACCUUCAGAGAACUGAAUGUGCUGAAAGAGAAAAGGUACAGCUUGGUGCAACUUGUUCAUGACUUCUUUACCGAAACCAACGAAGCAGGAAUCUGCAGCUUUGAAGAGUUCCAGGUUGUGUUCAUCUUUGACGGUCUGGACGAGUGUCGACUUCCUCUGGACUUCCACAACAAUGAGAUCUUGACUGACGUUACAGAGUCCACCUCAGUGGAUGUGCUGCUGACGAACCUUAUUAGAGGGAAACUGCUUCCCUCUGCUCGCCUCUGGAUAACUACACGACCUGCAGCGGCCAAUCAGAUUCCUCCUGACUGUAUUGACAUGGUGACAGAGGUCAGAGGCUUCACUGACCAACAGAAGGAGGAGUAUUUCAGGAAGAGAUUCAGAGAUAGGGAUCAGGCCAGCAGAAUCAUCUCUAGCAUCAAGACAUCACGGAGCCUCCACAUCAUGUGCCACAUCCCAGUCUUCUGUUGGAUCGCUGCGACAGUUCUGGAGGAUGUUUUUAAAAUCAGAGAGAGAGCAAAGCUGCCCAAGACUCUGACCGAGAUGUACAUCCACUUCCUGGUGGUUCAGACCAAACUGAAGAACAUCAAGUAUGAUGGAGGAGCUGAGACAGAUCCACACUGGGAUCCAGAGAGCAGGAAGAUGAUUGCGUCUCUGGGAAAACUGGCCUUUGAGCAGCUGCAGAAAGGCAAACUGAUCUUCUAUGAAUCAGACCUGACAGAGUGUGGCAUCGAUAUCAAAGCAGCCUCGGUGUACUCAGGAGUGUUCACACAGAUCUUUAAAAAGGAGACAGGGCUGUACCAGGAUAAGGUGUUCUGCUUUGUCCAUCUGAGCGUUCAGGAGUUCCUUGCUGCUCUUCAUGCCCAUCUGACGUUCAUUAACUCUGGUGUCAAUCUGCUGUCACAAGAACAAUCAACAUCCUUGUGCCCUGCAGUGUUAGGAUGCAAAGCAACACGUUUCUAUCAGAGUGCUGUGGACAAGGCCUUACAGAGUCCAAAUGGACACCUGGACUUGUUCCUCCGCUUCCUCCUGGGUCUGUCACUGUCAACCAAUCAGAAACACUUACGAGGCUUGCUGAAAGUGGCCAAAAGGAGCUCACAGACCAAUGCGGUAACCACUGAGUACAUCAAGAAGAAGAUAAUGGAGAAUUUCUCUGCAGAGAAAAGUAUCAAUCUGUUCCACUGUCUGGAUGAACUCAACAACCGUUCUCUAGUGGAGGAGAUCCAACAGUCCCUGAGAUCAGGAAGUCUCUCAACAGAUAAGUUGUCUCCUUCUCAGUGGUCAGCUCUGGUCUUCAUCUUACUGUCAGAAAAAUAUCUGGAUGUGUUCGACCUGAAGAAAUACUCUGCUUCAGAGGAGGCUCUUCUGAGGCUGCUGCCAGUGAUCAAAGCCUCCAACAAAGCCCUGUUGAGCAGCUGUAAACUGUCAGAGAAAAGCUGUGAAGCUCUGGCCUCACUUCUCAGCUCCCAGUCCUCUAGUCUGAGAGUGCUGGACCUGAGUGACAACAACCUGCAGGAUUCAGGAGUGAAGCUGCUGUCAGCUGGACUGGAGAGUCGACAGUGCAGAUUGGAAAUUCUCAGUCUGUCAGGCUGUAUGAUCACAGAGGAAGGCUGUGUUUCUCUGGCCUCAGCUCUGAGCUCCAAUCCCUCCCACCUGAAAGAACUGGACCUGAGCUACAAUCAUCCAGGAGAUGCAGGAGUCAGGCUGCUGUCUGCUGGACUGGAUGAUCCCCAUUGGAGACUGGACACUCUCAGGGUGGACCCUGGUGGACUGCAGAGACUGAGACCUGGCAUGUAUGCCUGUGAACUGGAACUGGACACAAACACAGUAAACGGAAAACUCAAACUCUCUGACAGCAACAUGAAGGUGACAAAUCUGAAAGGGAAUCAGUCAUAUCCUGAUCAUCCAGACAGAUUUGACCACUGGCCUCAGCUGCUGUGUAGAAAUGGUCUGACUGGUCGAUGUUACUGGGAGGUUGAGUGGAGAGGAGGGGUUUCUGUAUCAGUGACUUACAGAGGAAUCAGAAGGAGAGGAAACAGUGUUGACUGUGUUUUGGGAGGGAAUGGUCAUUCCUGGAGUCUGUACUGCUCUGGUGAUGGGGACUUUGUCUGUCACAAUAACAAAAGAAUUCCCAUCUCCUCCUCUCCUUUCUCUGUCUCUUAUAGAGUAGCAGUGUAUGUUAACUAUCCUGCUGGCACUGUGUCCUUCUACAGAGUCUCCUCAGACACACUCAUCCACCUUCAUACCUUCAACAGCACAUUCACUGAACCUCUUUAUCCAGGGUUUACAGUCUGGUCACCUGGUUCAUCAGUUUCUCUGUGUUCUCUGGUCUGAGAGUCUCUCCAGUGUACAGAAACACUGCUGACUGAAGAUCAGCUCCUGAGCUUCCAUCACACACAUUAAUGUUUAAAUGGGAUCUAUUAUGCUUUUUCAUAUUUUGUGUCAUACAUCGUUACAAUGAAGGAUGUUCAUAUCAAAUGUGGUCACAGUUUAAAAUAAUGAGGCAACAUUUGUUAAAGUAAUCCCUGUGAGCCAAAACCUCAGGCUUCAGACCGUUUUAUAUACAGUACUCCGUUUCCAACUGCUUUUCUUUUACUAAGGCUAGAGUAUAACAUCAUAGGCUAUGCCUGGUUCACACUACACCACAUUUCUGUCCGUCCGGGAGAAGGAACGAUAAAAAGAAAACAAGCUAGACUUUCUGUCAGAACGUCGAGAGGUGUCUUAGUUGUGGCGUCGGUUGUCAUCUAUUAUGACACACUACAGGAGAUGAAACGAUGGAUUAUCGUGUGCAACACUCAUUGUCGUUCACAAUCCGACACUGUAUGUUCCUGCGUCUUUCUAUAAUUGAGCUGAUAUCGUGUAGUGUGAACCAGGCAUUAGUGUGAUGUCUUUAUAUUGUCAUCUUUUCCAGGCAUGUUGCUGCAGGUGUUUACAUAAUGUAGCCUACACUGUUAAAUGAAGCUAUAUGCUAACGUUACGGGAACAUGUUGUGAAUUUCUCUCCAAUUUCGGAUCAUAGUCCAGUUAGGACAUGUCUGGUUGUGUUUAGAGGCUUUUAUUGGUGAUUUUUUACUGUAAAAAGAGACGCUAUUUUCCGUCACAGUCAUAAGAAACACCAAGAAACACUGACCAAUCAGAACAAACUGUUCUUUUUUAGGAGGGGGGCUUAAAGAGACAGGAGCUAAAACAAAGUGUUUCCAACAGAGGGAGAAUAUAGGAGUUCCAGCAAAGAUAGCAUGAGAAAAAUGAAGUGUUUUAUUAGAUUAAAGCAUGUAAACAUGUUGUAGUAGAAAGCUUAAAAACAAGAAUGACCCUGAAAAUGACAGGGUCAUGAAGCCCCUGCAGUGUAGAAGACCCAGCAGGUGUGGGGCUCCUAGAGAUUUGGGGCCCUUGGAGUUAUUGUCCCCUGUAGGUAUUUGGCUCAGGCUGUAAUUCUGGGUGUCCUGCUGAUUUGUCGGCCAUGUAGGCGUGUUCUCACGGCAGUUGGUAGUCCAACUUCUAUUGUUGUAUCCUCUCACAGUAUGAUUACAGCAGGUGCGUACUAAUGCAUUACAAAUAUUAAACAUAAGUAAAAAGUAGCUUUUUUUAAGUAACAAGUACUUUUCAUGUUUAUUUUUUUAUUUUAAAAUUUACUUCUACUCUUUACUCAAGUCAGGAGAUGCCAUCAAAGUUAGUCUUUU